CAUCUCGAUCUCUUCGCUCCGUCGAACUUUCACCUAGUCAGCCUGCCGCGCUACCCCUCCACCGCCGUCUCCACGCCCGUGGCCAAGCCAGCGGAACCCUAGCAUGGCGAAGCUAGCGCGAUCGCCAACGACCUCCCCGCCGGCGGCGGCCGCGGAUAAGCACCGCUCCGCGGCCGGGUCGGGGCUCCGGUCCCUCGCCAGUGCCGCCUCCGGAUGGUGGGACCGGUGGACGGUCAUUGGUUCCGGACUCUCCAAGCUCGAAAGGGCCUUCGGCGACCAGUUCCCCGAGGGCGAGCGCUACUUCGGGCUCGAGAACUUCGGCAACACCUGCUACUGCAACAGCGUCCUCCAGGCAUUGUAUUAUUGUGCUCCAUUCCGGGAACAGUUGCUGGAAUACUAUAGAAGAAACAGAAAUCUCGAAGAUGCUGAAGAAAAUUUGUUGACCUGCCUAGCAGAUCUUUUUUCACAGAUAAGUGCAUCAAAGAAAAAGACUGGUGUUAUUGCUCCAAAACGUUUCAUUCAAAUGGUUAGGAAACUAAAUGAAUAUUUUCGUGGCUACAUGCAUCAGGAUGCCCAUGAGUUUUUGAAUUUCUUACUGAAUGAAAUUGUUGAUAUUCUGGAAAAAGAGUCUAGUUCUGCAAAGGAUUCUCCUGGGACCACAUCUUCUGAAAAUGUCUCAAAUGGCGCAGCUGUUGAUGGAGUUAGAAAAGAACCACUGGUUACAUGGGUACAUAAGAAUUUUCAGGGUAUUUUGACCAAUGAAACCAGAUGCCUAAUGUGUGAGACAAUCACCGCAAAGGAUGAGACAUUUUUUGACUUGAGCGUCGACAUUGAACAGAAUAGUUCACUCACAAGCUGUCUGAAGAAUUUCUUUUCUACUGAGACUUUAAAUGCGGAUGACAAGUUCUUCUGUGAUAAAUGCUGCAGUUUGCAAGAAGCAGAGAAGAGAAUGAAGAUAAAAAAGGCGCCACAAAUAUUAGUGAUCCACCUAAAGCGCUUCAAGUUCAUCGAGCAGCUUAACCGGCACAAGAAGCUGUCGUACCGAGUGGUGUACCCCUUGGAGCUUAAGCUCAGCAGCAACUCCGCUGAUGCCGACUGUGAGUACUCCCUCUUUGCCGUGGUGGUCCACCUGGGGAGCGGCCCCAACCAGGGGCACUACGUAGCCAUGAUCAAGAGCCAUGACCAUUGGUUGUCCUUCGAUGAUGACAAUGUCGAGAUGAUCCCGGAGUCUACCCUACAGACCUUCUAUGGCUCUUAUCAUGAAUAUUCGGGCAACACUGAUCAUGGCUACAUCUUGUUCUACGGGCGCAUUGGUGGGAGUGGAAAUGAGAAGACCGACUCUUCCGAUGGAGUGUGACCGUUGACAUGGGAUCCUGGGUGGUUCGAUGUACAUGGGCUUUCCUGGCCUUCGUAUACUUCGGUUGGAUAGGAUAUAUUUACAUUUUCAACAAGAAAGUGUUUUUUUUGCGGAAGACCGUGGGGGGAAAACAUAAAAGUUUAGUUUGUUGUUAGUUGCAGUUCCUUGUAAAGGAUUAGUUGGCAGGUUAGUAUAUCAUUUUAUUUUGUUUUCAU